UGGUAUUUUUUCCACUGGCGACUCCCGUGCGUUUGUGGAUUGCAAGCCGUCCUUGCAGUCCGGUUGUUCACUGCAUUUUGUCUGCAGAUCCUCCCUUUGUUUGCACACAUCCCCCUGUUAUUUUUUAAUAUUAAACCCCCCAUCCCCCCACCCCCAUCGUUGUCGUUCGUGGUUAAAGUCACUCUUUUUUCGGGGGGCGCUGUAUUUAAGCACUUAAGAUGCACUGCUAUCUCCUGAGCGUGUUCCUCACCCUGGAUCUGGCCGCCGUGGCUCUCAGCCUGUCUACCUGCAGCACCCUCGACAUGGAUCAGUUCAUGCGCAAGAGGAUCGAGGCGAUCCGGGGGCAGAUCCUGAGCAAGCUGAAGCUCACCAGCCCCCCGGACGAGUACCCCGAGCCCGAGGAGGUGCCCCCGGAGGUCAUCUCCAUCUACAACAGCACCAGGGACCUGCUGCAGGAGAAAGCCAACCACAGAGCCGCCACUUGCGAGAGGGAGCGGAGCGACGAGGAGUACUACGCCAAAGAAGUUUACAAAAUAGACAUGCAGCCUUUUUACCCCGAAAAUGCCAUCCCACCAAGCUACUACAGCCUUUACUUCAGAAUCGUUAGAUUUGACGUCUCGGCGAUGGAGAAAAAUGCAUCCAACUUGGUGAAGGCUGAGUUCAGGGUCUUCCGCCUGCAGAACUCAAAGGCACGGGUCUCGGAGCAGCGAAUUGAGCUGUACCAGGUUCUGAAGUCCAAAGAAUUAUCAUCACCAGGACAGCGCUACAUUGACAGCAAAGUGGUUAAAACAAGAGCUGAAGGAGAGUGGUUGUCUUUUGAUGUCACUGAGGCUGUGCAUGAAUGGCUCCAUCACAGAGACAGGAACCUUGGAUUUAAGAUAAGCUUACAUUGUCCAUGCUGCACCUUUGUGCCUUCCAAUAAUUAUAUCAUCCCAAAUAAAAGUGAGGAGCUUGAAGCAAGAUUUGCAGGUAUUGAUGACUACACAUAUUCCAGUGGUGAUGUGAAAGCUUUAAAGUCCAAUAGGAAAAAAUACAGUGGGAAGACCCCACAUCUUCUGCUAAUGUUGUUACCCUCCUACAGACUUGAGUCGCAACAGCCCAGUCGGCGGAAGAAGCGUGCUCUAGAUGCUGCCUAUUGUUUUAGGAAUGUGCAGGAUAAUUGUUGCCUGCGUCCACUUUAUAUUGACUUCAAGAGGGAUCUUGGCUGGAAAUGGAUUCAUGAACCUAAAGGAUAUCAUGCCAAUUUCUGUGCAGGAGCCUGCCCAUAUUUAUGGAGCUCAGAUACUCAGCACAGCAGAGUACUCAGCUUGUAUAACACCAUAAAUCCAGAAGCUUCUGCCUCUCCGUGCUGCGUGUCCCAGGAUUUAGAACCCCUCACCAUCCUCUACUACAUUGGCAAAACACCCAAAAUUGAACAGCUGUCCAACAUGAUUGUAAAGUCUUGCAAAUGCAGCUAAAGGAUACCCCAGAAACAACGUGACGUGUGUGUAUCAAAAAAUAAAAAUAAAAAUAAUAAUCAAGGAAACAGAAAGAGAGAGCGAGGAGGAAAGAAAGAAAAAUGAAAACCCAGGAUCAUCAGUGUUAAAAGGAAAAAAAAAAAAAAAAAAACAAGAAAAAAAAGCGGUACUAGUCUGAACUGUUUGAAAGUUUGUUUUUGUUUUUUUUUUUUAAACUGGCAUCUGAAGCAAAACAUUGAAGGCCUUUAUCUUACAUUUCACUACACAUAGUGUGAGAUAGACAAGAAGCAAAGUUAAAGGAAAAAAAAAAAAACCUUUUAAAAAAUAAACACUGGAAGAAAUUUGUUAGUGUUACUAUGUGAAAGGAAAAAAACAGGAAAAUCCCAUGAAGUGGAGUUGCUGUAUCUGUCCCGUGCCUUACUUGAUCUCUCUGUAUUGUUAUGCAAUAGGCAUCCUACCCAUUCCUCUUAGUUGUAGAGUUAACAGUGCAUUAUUUAUUUGUGUGUAAAAACUAUCAAAUGAACAUUUCCAUAUUGCCAUUGGAAAAAGAAAACCAGCAAAUGUGGACAAAAUGGAGACCAAAUAAGCUGCCAGAAAUACAUAGAAAGCCUAAAGGAACACAAGCUCAAAAGUUUCAGAAAGUAAUGGUUAGUUUAGUUGGAUUUAAAUAGAAAUCAGUUAUUACACUAUUGAGAAACUCUGCCUUUAAAAUACCUUAUUUUUCAUGCCAGCUGCCUGGAGAGGCUUCUUGUAAGGUCUCAAACCCUUGUUUUAAAUACUGAAUAACUUACUAAUAAAGGACACUCUGUUUCAGUCUCAAAGACAAGUCUAUAAGAUUUUUUUUUUUU